UGAGUAAAAGUAAAAGCAUGUGUUGGCAUUUCCUUCACGAUAGCCGUCAGCUGUUAUGCUAGCUCUGUGUUGUUGUGCGAGUUAUGUAUGUAUAUGUAUGACUACGUUACUGGCUAGAAUUUACGUUUUUUUCUUCAUGAUUUUUUUCCAUAGGACAAGGAAAGGAAACGAGAAAGUUUAUGUUGAUAAAAGGACACCAGCACAGAUGGCAUUCGACAAAAUACAAGAAAAAGGUCAAAUGGAAAAAAUUUUAAAGAAGGCCUCCAAAUCACAUAAGAGAAGAGUUGAGGAUUUCAACAGACACCUGGACACACUGACAGAGCAUUUCGACAUUCCCAAAGUCAGCUGGACGAAAUAAAUAUCUAUGGAUUUUUAACUGGGUGCUUUCAGAGCAAGAUCAGCUGCCAUGAUGUUACCACAUGCUUCUUGCUUACUCUGCAACGAAGUCCAGAGCGAUUUUUCCCCAUUUUCAUUUUUCCUUUGGGAUGUAGUAAAAUGAUUCACUGUACAUUGGAAUUUUAAGAUUUUGAUUGGGUUUUGUUUAUUGUAAGGCUUGACCACCAAAGAGUCAACUGUUUUAUUUGUUGCAUGUAGUUUUUAAGAUUUCUGAAUGGUUAUAGUGGCCUGAAAACAUGUUUUGAAAUAUAGUAACAGUAGAUAGCACUGUUGGUUUAAA